UACUGUCCGCUGGAUCUGUUCAGCGGGUGUCCGCAAAGAACGCAAACAGCUCUGCGCGCUCUCAUCAGAGACCCGCAGAACAAUUUCCGCGUUUUCCGCGAUUCCCAUCACGUGUUCGGCGACUCCUCCGCCGCCGACUCGUCCGCUCUGUCGCCGCUUUUGCGAGACUUUUGCGGCCAAUCGGAGGACGACGUGGAGGGCGCCCUCUGCCGGCUGGUGGCCAAAGCGCUGGCCCUUCGAGUGGACACUUCGCGACCCGAAGACGAGGCGCUUAUGGCCGAAGAGGAAUGCGAUUUACACCAUAACUCGAAUCACUGUUUCUGCACUUCCGAACACGCGCUGACGUCGGGUUCGGUUCUGGAUUGCGUUCUUCGCGCGCAACGCUUGGAUGCGAUCGAUUCGGAAGUCGCGCUGCAAUUGUUGCAACGCGUGAACAGCAACGACGUGUGGACUCCGCCCACUCUGGACGCGGCCGACCAAUNUCCGGUAAGAGCUCUCUCUCUCUCCCAUCACGUGACUCUCUCUUUAUUAGAACACGCGCUGACGUCGGGUUCGGUUCUGGAUUGCGUUCUUCGCGCGCAACGCUUGGAUGCGAUCGAUUCGGAAGUCGCGCUGCAAUUGUUGCAACGCGUGAACAGCAACGACGUGUGGACUCCGCCCACUCUGGACGCGGCCGACCAAUCGGAGGAUUUGGCGCUAAAAGUUUUUCGAUUUCUGGUCUCUUUGACGGCCAAAGACCUGUCAAUCAUGAUAACAAUGCAGAGACUGGAGGCGGAGGCGGACGUGACGUCACUGCCGUCGCGGCACCUGAUUGGCGACUCGGAGCGCAACUAUUUGGCGGCGAUUCGAAUCAUAGAUUUGGAUCAGAAGAGCGAUCAGAAGAUCAAGAGAACGUUCUCGAAAGACAUGCGAAUGAUCGCCGCCUUCAACACGAGCGCCAAAAACAACAACAAUAAUAACAGUGUUUAA